CGCAUUCUUCAGCUCCGAGGACAACAAAGCGGGGAGGCGGCGGUGGCGGGAGGCGCUUCGGGGCCGGCGGGCGGCCGCAGCAAAACUUUGCAGAACUUUGCGGAAAGUGAGGCGGCGGCGGCGCGGCUCCCUCCCUUCGCACAAAGCGCCCCUCUUCGGCGCGGGGGGAGCCCUUCCCGCGGGGAGCCGGGCGGGAGCAUGGCCUGUGCCGCCGAGCCGCCCCUCCCUCGCCCCGCCACCCCGCCGGCCCCCCGAGUCCCGGGACCAGGCGCCGCCGCCGCCGCGCUCGGCCAGCCCGUUGCGCCUUAGGCGCGCGGCGAGGAGCGGGGCGCGCCCAGCGGUCCCGAUGGCGGCCGGCGGGGGCUGCGGGCGCCUGCUCCGCGCGCUGGCCUGCUGCUGCUUCUGCUGUCUCUGCCUGCUGGGGCCCCUCGGAGGCGGCGGGGCGGCGGCGGCGCUGAACAGCAGCUCGGCCGCGGCGGGCCGCGAGGAGGACCGGUGCAAGCGCGCCGCGCCCUGCGAGGCCCUCCGGGAGAGCGCCUGCCUGGGCUCGCCGCUGCCCUACGCCGCCACCUCCACGCUGCUGGCCGGCGACUCCGGCUCGCAGGCGGAGGCGCACGACAAGCUGCUGCUCUGGUCCGGUUUGCGAAAUGCACCUCGCUGCUGGGAUGUGAUCCAGCCCCUCCUCUGCGCCGUGUACAUGCCAAAGUGCGAGGAUGGGAAGGUGGAGCUGCCCAGCCAGACCCUGUGCCAAGCCACACGGGGGCCCUGCACCAUCGUGGAACGGGAGCGAGGCUGGCCCGACUUCCUCAGAUGCACCAUGGAUCGUUUCCCGGAAGGGUGCCCGAACGAGGUCCAGAACAUCAAGUUCAACAGCUCAGGGCAGUGCGAGGCCCCACUGGUGCAGACGGACAACCCCAAGAGCUGGUAUGAGGAUGUGGAAGGCUGUGGCAUCCAGUGCCAGAACCCCCUUUUCACUGAGAAGGAGCAUCGCGAGAUGCACACCUACAUUGCCGCCUUCAGUUCUGUCACUAUUUUUUGCACCUUCUUCACCCUGGCCACCUUCGUAGCUGACUGGAAGAAUUCGAACCGCUACCCGGCUGUGAUCCUCUUCUACGUUAAUGCCUGCUUCUUUGCGGGGAGCAUUGGCUGGCUGGCCCAGUUCAUGGACGGCGCCCGCAGCGAGAUUGUCUGCCGUGCUGACGGGACCAUGCGCUUGGGGGAACCCACCUCCAACGAGACGCUUUCCUGCGUGAUCAUCUUCAUGAUUGUCUACUAUUCCUUGAUGUCUGGUGUGAUCUGGUUCGUCAUGCUGACUUAUGCAUGGCACACCUCCUUUAAGGCGCUAGGAACCACCUACCAGCCACUGGUGGGCAAGACUUCUUACUUCCACCUGGUGACCUGGUCUGUUCCCUUUGUCCUGACGGUGGCCAUCUUGGCCGUUGCACAGGUGGACGGAGACUCGGUUAGCGGCAUCUGCUUCGUAGGGUACAAGAACUACCACUAUCGAGCAGGAUUUGUUCUGGCCCCCAUUGGCCUGGUGUUAAUUAUUGGGGGCUAUUUCCUGAUCAGAGGAGUGAUGACUCUGUUCUCCAUCAAAAGCAAUCAUCCAGGCCUCUUGAGCGAGAAAGCUGCCAGCAAGAUCAACGAGACUAUGUUACGUCUCGGGAUCUUUGGCUUCCUGGCCUUUGGCUUCGUCUUCAUCACGUUUGGCUGCCACUUCUACGACUUCUUCAACCAGGCGGAGUGGGAGCGGAGCUUCCGGGAGUACGUGCUGUGCGAAGCCAACGUGACCAUUGCUACGCAGACCAACAAGCCGAUCCCAGACUGUGAGAUCAAGAACCGUCCCAGCCUGCUGGUGGAGAAGAUUAAUCUCUUCGCCAUGUUUGGGACGGGCAUUUCUAUGAGUACCUGGGUGUGGACCAAGGCUACUCUUCUCAUCUGGAAGCGCACCUGGUGCAGGCUGACUGGCCAGAGCAGCAACGAGCCCAAGCGGAUCAAGAAAAGCAAGAUGAUCGCCAAGGCCUUCUCGAGGCGGAAGGAGCUGCAGCACAACCCCGACCAGGAGCUCUCCUUCAGCCUGCGCACCGUCUCGCACGAGGGGCCCGUCGCUGGUUUGGUGUUUGAUAUCAGUGAGCCUUCGGGAGACAUGUCCUCUGCGUGGGCGCAGCACGUGACCAAGAUGGUAGCCAGGAGGGGAGCCAUCCUCUCUCAGGAUGUCUCUGUCACACCAGUAGCCACACCAGUGCCCCCCGAGGAAAGGGCCAGCCUGUGGCUGAUGGAGGCUGAGUUCUCCUCCAGGCGGGUGAAGAAACUGAGCCGGAAGAAGAAGAAGCUACGGAAGAAGAAGGAGAUCUGCCCCUCCGGGCCAGCAGCCGAGCCCUGCGGCUCGGGUUACUUUGCCCCGGGGGGCACCAGCUCCGUCCCACGCCUGCCCCGGCUCCCCAAGGCCAAAUGUUUUGUCGCCAGCCUGAGGCAAGCCCAGGCUCUGGAUGACGUCCUUUUGCCUCGCGCUUCCCCCGAAUGGAGACCCAGCGCCCCACAGCCAGAGCCCCCCCUGGCCAGGCUGCCCACGGCCGGCUACAGGCGGAGCAACCCCCUGCAUCUCGUCAACCACCCCUUUUGCCCCGAUCUUGGGGCUCCGGAGGAAGCGGGGCUGGGAAGUGGUGUGUGGCUGUUCCCCGGACAGCAGCCAUCGCAUUUUCGGGGGGCCCUCCAUCCUUCCCCCAGGGGCUCAGCAGCUCUGUUCCUUGGCAGUGACGUCUGUGGAAUACAGCCCCCACCAGGCAGGUGGGGCGGGUUGCCCCCCAUCCAUUCCAGGACAAACCUCAUGGACGCCGAAUUGCUGGACCUUGACUCCGACUUCUAGGGCUGCGGAGGGGGCUUUCAGUGGCUUUGCGUGGUUGUAGAUCAGCCAUGGGGUGGUUGGUAGAAAGCAGGUGAGGGAGCCAUCCCCUUGGAGCCCUCCUUGGGGUGCUGCUCCGUCAGCUUCACAAAGAAAGGGAGAUGUUGUUUAAAGGCACUUUCCUUGGACGUCUUCUGAAUUCCAGCCUUCCUUUCCUCCUCUUCAUCUUGCACACCUCACUGUGUCUGCAGAUCCUUUGCACUGCCUAAAAUAGCAAGAAAACAAGGAAUGGGAUUUUUCUUCCCAGUUUGUGGGGCUGAGAACCUCAAAGAACCUUGCUUGCUUCAAGAACAAGACAGACAACUCUGCAGCACCAUCUGCAGAAGGUUCCGCUGGUCUCCUCACGUCCCCAAAUGGCUCUCCUAAGAACUUUGCUUGGAAGCAGAUCUGGAACUUGGUGGCUAACAGAAGUGGGAUUGGCAGUGGGGGGAACCAAGGGGUUGGGAUGCUGGACUUUGCGGGGUGAGAAGGAUCCACUCGUGUAAUUAGGAAUGGGAGGGGUCGCCAACCUGAAGAACUAGGGAGACACAUUAUGUUGUACCCAAAUGCAUAAGGGCCCAGCCAAACAUUAUCUCAUAUUGCUUUGGGCAUCUGCCAUACCUGUCGCAAUACUGAGCAGACAGGAGGGGAGAAAGGUUUAUGAAAAGGAGAUUUCUUGGAGAAGAUCUGGAUGGGGUGGAACAAGUUCCACAUAGAUGGGGUUGGGGUUGAUUUGGGGGCCUUCUCAAUAGAUCAGUAGCUGGGACUGCUCCUCAGGGCUGAGUCUGAAGAUCCUGGGUGCUGUGGACUACCAGGGACUAUCUAGAUCAGUGUUUCUCAACCUUGGCAGCUUGGAGAUCGGUGGACUUCAACUCCCAAAAUUCCCCAGCCAGCAAACCUGAAUUCUGGGAGUUGAAGUCCACCCAUCUUCACGUUGCCAAGGUUGAGAAACACUGAUCCUGAUGCUAGACUAUAAUCCUGAUCCUGAUGCUAGACUAUAAUCUCCACCAUCUCUGAUCCUUCCUGAUGGAAGUUGGGAUCCAGCAAUAACAUAUUCCCAUCUCUGGUUAAACGUUCCUCCCAGGACUGUGUAGGACAUCCCAGUUUGAUGCUUCAAGAUAACUUCUCAGGUCUUCAUUUCAUGGGGGCAAUUCCACAGCUACGUGGACUUCACUCUUUUGAAAACCUUUCUCUGAGGUCACCUGGCCCAGAAUCUGAAAGCCUGGGCCACUGGAGAACUGUGCUUCCCACACACCGUGCUGUGCCUAUAGCUUCCAGUACAGCUUGAUGGGAUUUGUAGCCUUAACCUUCAUCCUGUCCAUCGUGGGACCCAGAUGGAAGUAGGAGUUAGAGUACAAAGUAAACAUAGGGGCUUUGUUCAAUGGAAGGGGCUGUAGCAACAUAUGAAAAUAUUUUCAGAUUUGUUACUGUUCUUUAAUGUAUAACACAGACUAUGUAUAACACAGAGAGUUUUUGUUUGUUUUUAAUAGUGCCAAAACCUAAAAAUUUAGUCUUCUCAAGUAAUGUUUCUUGGGGCUUCCUAUGGAUCACUUUGGAAACCUUUGCAUGACUUCCUGGCUGGAUUUGAACAUUGUGCUAAGCCUUGAGUCCCCGACAGGGCAUCCAGGGGCACAGGUAUGCCUACAAACUCCUAUUGGGAUUGGCCAGUUUUUCUGCUCCAGUUUUAUACAGGUAGUCCUCGACUUAUGACCACAAUUGAGAGCAGAACUUCCAUCGGCAAGUGAGGUGGUGGUUAUGUGAGUCACGCCCGAUUUUACAAUCUUUUUUGCCACAGUCAUUAAAUGAAUCACAUCUUUAAGCAAAUCUAGCUUCCCCUAUUAGCUUUGCUUGUUGGAAGCUGACUGGGAAGGUCGCAAAUGGCAAUCACGCGAUCCCAGGAUGCUGCAACCAUUGUAAAUACAUGCCAGGUGCCAAGCACCCAAAUUUUGAUCAUGUGACUGCAGGGACGCGGCAGUGGCUGUAAGUGCGAGGACCAGCCAUAGGUCACUUUUUCCAGUACCAUCAUAACUUGGAACAGACACUAAAUGAAUGGUCAUAAUUCGAGGGCUACCUGUAUAUAUAAAUAAAAUCUCAGUGCAGUGAUUCAGCUGCUGGGCCAGAAUUAAGGAGACUCUGUUCAAGUCCACCCUUAACCACAGAAACACAUUGGAUUACUUUCAAUUGGUCACUUCCUGCUUUGGGAAGGAGUGAAAGGACAUCCCCCAUUGAAGUGCCUUGAGCACCCGCAGAAAAGGUGGACUAUAAAGCUAAUAAAUAAAUACGGUAAAUAUAGUUGUGUGUGGCUGAUUGCCGAGGCCCUAACAGCAGCUUGCCACUAAGGAAGCUGGAAUCUCUCAGAAUCUUAUUCACCAGAUUUAUUG